CCAGCAUUAUACAUAUGAGAGAGACGGUCGGACGGCGGAGUUUGCAUUACUUUAAGAGUGCAGAGUUGUCUGAGAUCAGUUGGGUCCAGAGAGACUCUCUUCUGCAUAAAACUCACAGCAGCGUCAAAAUACUCAUGAAGUGCAUUAGAAAAAUUAGUUUAGUCCUUUUUUGUUCUUUCUCUUAUACUUUUUUCUUUCCCUUUAUUUCUUGUAUUUUCAUUUUUGUCGUUAUUGCGUAUUGUCUUUAUGUUUGGAUUUCAUUAGGAUUCUAUCAGUCUCAUGUAUCGACAUUCUAGUGCAGUAAAAUGUAACAAAACAUUUAUAUGUCCGUGAGAUAAAACAAGAAGCUGUUAUCAUUUUCAUGAGCCAAGAAUAAUGAUGUUGAGGAAGUUCACAUGCAUGCUUACAUGAAGCAAAGGACAGCGAAUCUGUGACUCUACAGUAGAUGUCCCCAUGUGCCACGUCUUUUCGCCUUCACAAGAUACUUUUCACCUCGUUUUCUGGUGGAAAGAAAUUUAUGUGCUUAAUUUUUCAUGUGACCCGAGAUGUAUAUAUGCCUUUUGAGUUCAGAAUGAAACUAAGCGGAUUCGUCCUUUCUUUUGACCUGAGGAGAGUUCUAUGGAACGACGAUCAAGAUUCUCAUCAUGACGUGAAGCUCUAUGCCGACAAUCCUCAACAGGUGGUGGUGGACAAUGGCCUCCUGCAAGUAGAUUUCUCUAGACCAGAUGGUCAUGUCUUAGGAAUAAAGUACAAUGGUAUCGAUAAUUUACUUGAAGAACGUAAUAGCAGAGAGGAUAGAGGGUAUUGGGAUGUAGUUUGGAAUGAGCCAGGGGGUCGUGGUCCUGUGAUCUUCGAGAGGGUAGCAGCAACAAAAUUUAGGAUUAUAACUGACACAGAAGACCAAGUAGAGCUUUCAUUUAGCACGACAUGGGAUGUCUCGCUCCGGGGACGGAAAGUUCCCCUGAUCGUAGACAAAAGGUACAUAUUGCAGCGUGGAAUUUCUGGAUUUUAUUCAUACGGAAUAUUUGAGCGUCUUGAAGGAUGGCCGGCUGUGGAGAUUCCUCAAAUUAGAGCUGUUUAUAAGCUCCAAAAGGACAAAUUUCACUUCAUGGCUGUAUCGGAGGACAAGCAGAGGGUCAUGCCGAUGCCGGAAGACCGCCUGAAGGGUCAGGCGCUCGCCUACCCGGAGGCUGUUCUUUUGACCGAUCCAACAGAUUCUAAACUUAGAGGAGAGGUGGAUGACAAGUAUCAAUACUCGUUGGAGGACAAAGACAACAAGGUUCAUGGAUGGAUAUCAGCUGACCCACCGGUUGGAUUCUGGAUGAUAACUCCCAGUGAUGAGUUCCGUACAGCGGGACCCAUCAAGCAAGACCUCACCUCCCAUGUGGGCCCCGUUACCCUUGCGAUGUUUUUGAGUACUCACUACGCUGGGAAGGAAGCAGAGAUGAAGUUUGAAGAUGGAGAGGCAUGGAAAAAAGUUUUUGGCCCUGUAUUUGUUUAUCUUAAUUCUGUUGACAAUGGGGAGAAUCCAUUGGAACUUUGGGCAAACGCCAAAGAGCAGAUGUUGACUGAAGUGGAAAGAUGGCCGUACGAUUUCACUCAGACAGAAGAUUUCCCUUCUGCUGAUCAGCGUGGAACAGUUUGUGGUCAAUUGCUAGUCCGUGAACCGUAUAUCAACGAGAAAUUAAUGUGGGGGCAAUCUGCUUACGUGGGCUUAGCGGCUCCAGGAGAGAAGGGAUCAUGGCAAAGAGAAAGCAAGGGUUAUCAAUUUUGGAGUCAAGCUGACGAGCUAGGAUAUUUCGUAAUUAAAAAUGUCCGACCAGGGAAUUAUAAUUUGUAUGCAUGGGUCCCUGGUUUCAUUGGAGAUUACAAAAAUGAUACCCAAAUCACCAUCAUACCAGGCAGUGAAAUCAAGCUGGAUGUAAUGGUGUACGAGCCUCCAAGACAUGGUCCGACUGUGUGGGAAAUUGGCAUCCCCGACCGCACCGCUGGAGAGUUCUAUAUACCAGAUCCAUACCCGACACUCAUGAACCGAUUGUACAACAAUCACCUAGAAAAGUUCAGACAAUAUGGUUUAUGGGAACGGUAUGCAGAUUUAUAUCCCGAUCAGGAUCUCAUCUACACCAUUGACAAUGGCGAUUAUCAUACUGAUUGGUUUUUCGCUCACGUUACAAGAAAUGUUAAUAAUCGUACAUACGAAGCAACAACAUGGCAGAUCGUGUUUGGACUAAACAGUGUGAGCGACUACGGCAAUUACACACUGCAAUUAGCAUUGGCCUCAGCUCAAGAAGCUGAACUGCAGGUUCGGUUCAACGAGUUGGGUGCCGACCCUCCUCACUUUUCAACAGGAUCCAUUGGUGGAGACAAUGCUAUCGCAAGGCACGGAAUCCAUGGCUUAUAUUGGUUGUAUAGCAUUGAUGUAGGAAACAGUCUUCUCCAAAUAGGAAAAAAUACAAUCUAUCUCACUCAGUCAAGGUGCAUAAGCCCAUUUCAGGGGGUCAUGUAUGAUUACCUUCGUCUUGAAGGGCCUCCUCAAGAUCAGUACUGAUCAUCGUUCUGAAAUAAGAUCUAUCUUAGAUUUUGAAGCUUAAAUUAACAUGAUAUUGAUAUAUAUACAUAUAUAUGUAUGUAUAUAUAUAUUGAUCUUUGUAUAAUUUUAGCCAUAAGUUCGAACAACAUUUUUGGCUACAUUUUGUAAGCAGAAGUAAUAUCAUUGAAAAAGUUUUAAUAUUAA